AUGACUUCGCCCGUUUACAACGCUGCUGACUUGACCUCGGUCCUCCAAACGCUGUCCGCGCUGUCCAACCCGGCCGCUCCCCCGCCAGACCAUGCCGACUCCGAUGCCUACGAACCGACCGACGCCCUGCCCCCAUCCCCCAUAGUUUCGCCGCAGCCACGACCCCCGGAGUCCGAAUCGAAUCGCUCCAACCCAGAGACCACCUCUCAACCACGAUCUCGAACAUCCGGUAACCCGGCCGGUUCCAUAGAGGACACUUCGUCCAUCAGCACAUGGCCGGCUGCAUUGCGACAUGUGAUGCGCGCGGUGUCGCAGAAUGAAGACCUCCAGCGUCGCAUCCGCUGGCUGAUCCAAAGACAGCACGACCACGAGAAGCAAUGGUGGCAGGGACGAGAUGCCUUGCUGAAGAAACAGAGGGCUCGUGUCGAUAAGAAGAAGGAGUUGGAUGAGGUCUUACGCUCGGUGGGAGCACCCGUGGAUAACACCAAACAAAUUUCCACAGCCGAGGAAGACGAGGCUGAGUUAAAAAGGUACGACAGCAAAGUAUACAGAGCAUCGAGGCAAAUGGCCGAAGCAAUGGCCGCCGAACUGCGCGGCUUGCAGAUUCCAUUUUUCAGCAUCAAACCGGGGCUUGUCGACUCCUCUUCGGAAACUAAUUCCCAUCCCCUGUCUGGCGAAAUUCUCACAAGAGAGGAACUAUCCGGACUCCAGCGUCGCAUACUGGAGCUGCUCCAGGACCUUUGCAAGGAGUAA